AUGCUCGCUUACAGGACCAUGUCUAUCUCGACGAUCCGGCGCCAAGUCAAGAAUGUGGCUUACAACUUCUCCGAUGCUCAGGUGAAAGUGCGCGAAGCAACCAGCAACGAUCCCUGGGGACCAUCGACGGCUUUGAUGUCGGAGAUAGCCGAUCUCACUCAUAACCCAAUGGCAUUCACGGAAAUCAUGUCAAUUGUCUGGAAACGCUUGAAUGACUCCGGAAAGAACUGGCGUCACGUUUACAAAAGUUUGGUGCUUUUGGACUUUUUGGUGAAAUGCGGACACGAAAAGGUUGCACAGCAAUGUCGUGAGAACAUCUUCACCAUCGAGACCUUGAAGGACUUCCAGCAUAUUGAGGAUGGACGUGAUCAGGGCUUGAACAUUCGUGAGAAGGCAAAACAAAUAACAGGACUCCUCUCGGAUGAUGAGCGUUUGAAGAACGAGAGAACACGCUUCAUGAUCACUCGCAACAAGUUCAAACAAAACAGCCAGGGGGCAGUUGGAGCGGAAUCCACUCGUCGUAGUCGUCAUCAUCCGACAUCUGAUGUCUCUUUAGAUCCGGAGUACGAAGAGGCUCGCCCAUCGACGGCGACCGAGGAAGAGAUGCAACUCCAAAUCGCAUUGGCUCUUUCUCGCGAAGAGCACGAGAAGUUGGAUGAGAUGCGCAAAGGUGACGAAGUACGUCUACAAAUGGCAUUGGAAGAGUCUCAGAAGGAGGCCGAACGUUUAGCUAAUACUGCUCAAGGAACCGUGAGCAGCGGACAACUGACCCAGUCGGCUCUCGACGAUUUGCUCUCAUUGGGAGUCGGUGAACUUGUGUCUUCCGAUCAGCCGUCUUCGUCUGCGGCUUGGGGAGCUUCCGAUCCAUGGAGUGUUCCACAACAGCAACAUACAAACAACGGAUUCCCAUCUAAUGGGCAGCCUCUUUAUCCGUCCGCAAGCUUAAACGAUCCAUGGGCAUCGACGAACACUCCAACCGCUCCACAGCCGCCAUUGGCGAUGGGUGGCGAUCCGUUUGCAACCUGGGAUUCUCAGCCGGCGAAGCCGCAAACUACUCAGCCAGCGAAUUCAUUUGAUACUGCCGAUCUUCUCGGAGGAGAUCUCAUCGCUCCAACGACUUCAACUACUACUACUACUAACACUACUAACACCAAUGGAAAUGGCAUUCGCAAGACUCCAGAAUCGUUCUUGGGACAGAACUCGAAUCUCGUCAACCUCGACAAUCUUCUCGGAACAUCGUCGACUCCAAGCAGCGGCGGAAACCCAUUCCUCACGGGAACUGCGCCUGUCGCCACCAAUCCAUUUGCUGCCCAGCAGAGAAAAUCGCCAACCUUGAAUGAGAUGCGCGCCGCGCAAGGACAAGCUCCACCAAUUCCAAGCAUGGCACCGCGUGGCGGGCUUCCGCAGCCCAUGGCUGCCAACCCAUUUGCCAAUCCGUUUUAA